AUGUUUCAACAACAACAGCAAGAUCAACAACAAUUGCAGCAACAACAAUUGCAGCAACAACAACAACAACAACAGCAGCAGCAGCAGCAGCAGCAGCAACAACAACAACAGCAGCAACAACAGCAGCAACAGAACUAUUUGCAACCUCGCAACUUUCACAAUUACAAUGCCACUUUUAACGAAUCAAUGUUUUUCAAUCCUGAUACAGCACAAGAAAUUUGUCCUGGUAUUUGGUUAGGACCAUAUACUUCAUUAUUAACUACACCUCAAGUCAUUAACAACUUACAUUAUGCACCUCAACCACAAACUCAAUCGGCAACUGCUGAAGGAUACAAUUUCGUAUCCAAUAAUAACAUCAAGAUUAUUGUCAAUUGCGGGUCAACUUUGAAAUUUCUUGACUUGAUUGAAAACUCGCCGUAUGUUUCCAUAUCAUCGGAUGUAUUGGUGUUGAGUUUAGAUCCAUCAUUUGAUGCUGGUACAGCAGCACUACCACAACAGGGGCAGGAAUUGAUGCAACGAUUCACUCGAGAUUACAGUAAAAUUCUACACAAUUAUAUGAAUUCAUUUUAUUUCAGUAACCCCAAUGCCAACAAUUUGAUCCAUAAUUUACCAUCAAAUCAUCACUUGUCAAUUGACAGCCCCAUUAUUACCGGAUCCAAUUUGAAAUUACAAUUUUUCAAAUUGAUUCGAUUGAUUUCAUUGUUUAAAUUGAUCAAUUAUGAUUUACAAUGUCUUUUUGUAUCUGAAGAUGGUAAUGGGUCGCUAUCAACCGGAUUAACCAUUGCUUAUCUUAUGGAUUGUUAUCGAUACAAUUAUCACAAUUCAUUCAAGUUGAUUUAUGAGCGACGUCCAACUAUAAGACAAUUGCAAUUGAAUUAUUAUGACGAUUUAUUGAUUAUGGAGAAUUUAAAGAAAUUUUAUGGUGAAAAUAUCGAAUUAAAGAGGGAAAAUCCCAAUUUGUUGAUGAAUGGAUGCAAGAGAUCUAUGGGGACUGGUGAAGAUGGAUCGGGGUCUAGUGCUGCUGCUGCUGUUGAUGAUGAAAAUGGAAAUGGAGGUGGGGAUGAAAUUAUGGUUGGUGGUGAUAGAAAAAGAAAACUACAUUAG